CAUGUUCACAGACCAUGUUGUCGCAUUAUUGGUUGAAUACAUAUUUAAUUUGAGUUACAUACAGAAAUCCCAACAGUCGCUAUAUUAAUUGAAUUAAAAAGUUUAUAAAUUUAAAUGUUCUUUAUUGGCAAAAGUGUUUUCUUUUUUUAAAAAAUCAAUUUUUCGUUUGUUUAUAUUAUGGUGGAAUUAAAAGAAGGCGUGCUGUUGGGAUUAGGAAAUCCCUUAUUGGAUAUAUCCGCAACUGUUUCCGAUAAUUGUCUAACCAAGUAUGACAUGAAAUCAGAUGAUGCAAUAUUAGCUGACGAACGGCAUUUAACAUUAAACGAUGAAUUAAUAAAUGAGUACAAUGCUGAAUUUAUCGCUGGCGGUAGUGUACAAAAUGCAUUACGUGUUGCACAAUGGAUUCUACAAAAACCAAAUAUAGCAACGUUUUUUGGAUGUGUUGGCAACGAUAAAUAUUCGAAAAUCUUAGAGGAGCGAGCACGCACAGAUGGUGUUAAUGUACAAUAUCAGUAUACGGAUAAAGAACCAACUGGAACGUGUGCUGUAUUAAUUACUGGUCCACAUCGUUCAUUGUGUGCGAAUCUAGCGGCAGCCAAUUGUUUUACCAUUGAUCAUAUGCGUAAACCAGAAAACCAAGCUUAUUUGGAACAAGCACAUUUUUUUUAUGUUUCGGGAUUUUUUCUAACUGUUAGUCCACAAGCAAUGCUAGAAGUAGCCAAACAUGCCUUAAAAAAUAAUCGAAUGUUUUUAAUGAAUCUCAGUGCUCCAUUCAUUUCACAGUUUUAUAAGGAACCAUUAAUGGAGGCGUUCCCAUAUGUUGACAUUCUUUUUGGAAAUGAAACGGAAGCCGAAACUUUUGCAAAAGAACAAAAUUUGGGUGUAGAAGACCGUAAAGAAAUCGCAUUAAAAAUAUGUGAACUUCCAAAAUUAAACAAGAACCGUCCACGUGUUGCAAUUAUAACCCAAGGUGCAUCGCCUGUAAUUUUAGCUAAAGAUGGUGUUGUCAAAGAAUUUCCAGUUGCAGAAUUAUCCAAGGAGAAAAUUGUUGACACCAACGGAGCUGGCGAUGCCUUUGUUGGUGGCUUUUUAGCUCAAUUAAUUUUAGGUCAUGACAUUGAAACAUGUAUAAAAUGUGGAAUAUGGACAGCAACACAAAUAAUUCAAAGAUCUGGUUGUACAUACGAUGGCAUUGCGGAUUUUAAGGCAUAACAUGAACAUUACCUGUUCAUGUUCGAUGUUAUGACGUAACGUUGUUAUUAUUUAAUUGUUAUCUAUCAGUAAUAAAUAAAUUGUACAUAUUAAAGUAAAACAAGAGAUGCAUUCAACAAUACGUAAAUAGUAAAGAAGCUGGCUUCUUUAUCAAGCGCUUGCUACAUCGACAUCGACAUUAAAAUUUAUUUUGUACAUUC